AUAAAAUUUGAUUUUUCCAGUUUUGAUGACUUUUUCAGCUUUCUAAAAAUGAUAUGAUACUACUUUAGGAUUACAAUUCCAAGGUAAAUUUGCAUACUGAAUUCGAUGCUCAUGUCGAAAGUACUCAGCUAGUCACUGUAAAUUCUAAAAAAAUUUCUAGUUUUCCAGUUUUAAUAAACUUCAAUAUUAAUUUGAUUACAAGAGCAAUAGUAUAAAAUUUUUUUGGUAAUGAGUCUGAAGACGAUGAGCCAUUCUUUAUUGAAGAUCAGCCAGAAUUCAUAUCAUUAGAUGAGGAUUACAGAGAAGGUAUGACGAUAGAACAAUCUGGCGUUGAUUUACAUAGCUAUCGAAGUAAUGAAGAUGAUAGUAAAAUGGUUGUAGAUCCACCACGUUUACAUCAUUAUACAAAUGUUCGUAUCCACAACGCAGUAGACACAUUAUUAUGUUGGUUACGUGCUUCAAAAGUGUGUAAAUCCCAUGAUGUUGCAUUAAUUUAUGAUGCUAAUUAUUAUUUGUUAUUAACAUCAAUCCUUCAACGGAUAUCAAAUGAUAUUAACGAAUACAAACAAGUAAUUAGUAGUGGUAAUAGUAGUGGAUUAAGUGAUAUUCCAUUUGGUCAUACAUAUCAAGAAUUGUUAAAAAAAUUCUCCUCACAAAAUUUACUUAGUUUCAUUCUGCAUUUGGAUGGUAUAGGCUUAUGUAAAUCGACCAAAUUAAAAAUGUGGUUGUUAAGUACUUCUAUUAUUGAACUACCACCACGAUUACGUUAUCGUCGACAUAAUAUGACAAUUAUAUCAAUAUGGAUUGGACACAAAGAUCCAAAUGUUCGCAUGUGGUUGGGUAAUAGCUUCAGAAUGCUUUUAAAUUUGAAAAAGCAGCAAGUUUAUGUAAAUCCAUCAACGUCCUUUAAUAUAGAAUAUUAUGGUGUAAUUGGUGAUUGUCCAGCAUUAAAAUUAAUUUUGAAUUUUAUUGGACAUACUGGUUAUUACUGUUGUUUCUUUUGUUUUACACAAGGUUAUAAUAUCCCUGGACGUAACAAACGACAGUAUCCGUAUGAAAAACCAUUGAAUCUUCGUGAUUCAAAAACGUUUACAUCAAAUUCCAAAAAAGCUGAAUCCGAUAGCAAAAAUAUAUUUGGUCAUUUGGGGAAAAGUAUUUUGGCACUUAUACUUGAUGUUCCACUUCCAACAUCAAUUUUAAUCGAUUAUUAA